GGGCCGCGGCGGCCCGGGAGGAGUGUCUCUGCGCCCUCUCCACUGGACGCCCGGGACCCUCGGAGCCAGGAAAGAAGCCUGGCACCGGCUGGCCAGAGGCACCCAGGCGAUGUCAGAACUUUGAGGGAGGCCUGGUGACGGGGAGCGGCUGUCACCCGCUGACCUUCCCAACCCAGCUUCAGGAUGCUGAGCCUGAAGCUCCCCAGGCUGUUCAGCAUAGACCAGGUGCCCCAGGUGUUCCAUGAGCAGGGCAUCCUCUUUGGCUACCGACAUCCACAGAGUUCCGCCACUGCCUGUGUCCUCAGCCUUUUCCAAAUGACCAAUGAGACUCUCAACAUCUGGACUCACUUGCUGCCUUUCUGGUUCUUCAUGUGGAGGUUUGUGACUGUGCUGUAUGUGACAGACAUCCAGAAUGACAGCUACUCCUGGCCUCUGCUUGUGUACAUGGGCACCAGCUGUGUGUACCCCCUUGCCUCUAGCUGUGCACACACCUUCAGCUCCAUGUCCAAGAACGCCCGGCACAUCUGCUACUUCCUGGACUACGGCGCUGUCAACCUCUUUGGCCUGGGCUCAGCCAUCGCCUACUCUGCCUAUACGUUCCCCGACGCGCUGGUGCGCACCACCUUCCACGACUACUACGUGACCCUGGCUGUGCUGAACACCAUCAUCAGCACCGGCCUCUCCUGCUACUCCAGGUUUCUUGAAGUCCGGAAGCCCAGGCUCUAUAAGAUGCUUCGCGUCCUUGCCUUUGCCUAUCCCUAUAUCUGGGACUCCGUCCCCAUCUUCUACAGGCUAUUCCUGUUCCCGGGGGAGAGUGCACAGAAUGCAGCGACCUUGUACCACCAGAAGCACAUGGCCAUAACCCUCCUGGCCUCUUUCUUCUACUCUGCGCACCUCCCGGAGCGCCUGGCCCCCGGACGCUUCGACUACGUCGUUCCUGGCUCACAGCUCCCAGAACCCUUGGAAUUUCCUAAGUGUUCAGAGUGAUAAAGGUGUCUUUGUUACGUGAAUGAGGUGACUUGUGGAAAGCACCUAAGGAUGCUUGUUGCAUGGUUGCCUGUGGAGCCAACCAUGUGAUUAGAGGGUUGGACCUCUCAGUCCCACCCCCCUGACCUCUGGGCUGGAGAUGGAGUUCAAUCACCAAUGGCCAAUGAUCUAAUCAAUCCUGCCUACGUAAUAGAACCUCCAUGAAAACCCAAAAGGACAGGGUUCAUAGAGCUUCUGGUUGGUGAACACGUGGAGGUCCUGGGAACGUGGCAAGACUGGAGAGGACGUGGAAGCUCUGCGCCCCUUCCCACAUACUUGCCCUGUGCAUCUCUUCCAUUUGCCUGUUCCUGAGUUUUAUCCUUAUCUGGUGAUCUAGUAAGUGCAAUGUUUCUCUGAGUUCUGUGAGCCACUCUAGCAAAUGAAUAGAAUCCAAGGAGGGGGUCAUGAGAACCUCUGAUUUAUAGCCAGUCAGAAGUACAGGUGACAACCUGGGCUUGUGACUGGUGUCUGAAGUGGGGGAAGGGCAGUCUUGUAGGACUGAACCCUUAACCUGUGGGAUCUGAUGCAAUCUCUGAGCACAUAGUGUCAGAAUUGAGUUGAAUUCUUGGACAUCCUGCUAGUGUCUGAGAAUUGUUUGUUGGUAUGGGGAACCCCCCCCAUGUUGGAAACUGGGUUUCAGAAUAUCCCAAAAGACCCUCUCAGUCCAGUUUGGCAAUUUCUUGUAAAGUUAAAUUUACACAUACCUCAAGAACAGCAACCUCAUCCAAGAGAAAUGAAAACACAUGUCUACAUAAAGACCUUUACUCAAAUAAUUCUGCUAGUUUCAUUCAUAAUCACCAAAAAGUGGAAACAACCUAAAUGUCCAUCUGCUAGUGAAUGGAUAAAUUGUCAUGCAUUCAUACAGUGGAAUACUACUCGGCAAUAAAAAAGGGACAAAUUCCUGAUACAUGCAACACAUGGAUGAAUCUCAAAAGCAUCAUGCUGAGUUAAAGAAGAGACAUUCUGGAAAAGAGAAAACUCUAGGAAGGAAGUCAGAAAAGUGGUUGCCAAGGGCUGGGGGGAGGGGAAGGUGAUGGAUUACAAAGGGGCAGCACAAGGGAAGUUUUGGUGUGAUGGGAAUAUUACAGAUUUGAUUGUGGCGAUGGUUACAGGAUGGUGUAUGUUUGUCAAAUACAAAGAUGGCACAACUAAAAAGGGCAAAUUUUACUGUAUACCUCAAUAAACCUGACUUUUAAAAAAAGCCUCCCAGUUCUACUCCCUCCC